GAGACGCUCGCGUCGAUACCCGGCAACUCGAGGUGCGCGGAUUGCGGCGCGGCGGACCCGGAUUGGGCGUCGCUGAACUUGUGCGUCGUCGUGUGCCACGACUGCGCGGGCGUGCACCGGCACUUGGGCGCGCACGUGUCGAAGGUCAGAUCGCUCGCGUUGGAC